UCUCUCUCUCUCUCUCCCCCUCUUUCUUUGUCCGUCUCAGUUCUCUGUCUCACUCAUGGCACUCUCCCAUUCCUGGUUCGUCAUCAAAGCCAUUAAUGGGGGAGCCAAAAUCUCCAUCACAAGAUCAGCUUCAUCAAACGGCAUCCUCCUCAUCCAGAGUCCCACCACUGCCUCCGCCGCUACCCAGCCAACCCUCCUCCCUCCUCCAACCAUCCCAAAAUAGAAAAAGUAGAAGCAAAGCCCUCCGAGUGUUUCGCUCCGUUUUCCGGUCCUUCCCCAUCAUCACCCCCGCCUGCAGGAUGCCGUCACUCCCCAUGGGGAGGAUGGACUCCAGCAAGACCGAGAUGGGGUCUGGGAUGGUGAGGAUUGCGUUGGAAUGCGAGAAGAGAGCGGAUAAGGACAAGACGAGUCUUCUGGACGAGCCGAUGUGGACCAUGUAUUGCAACGGGAAGAAGAGUGGCUAUGCGGUGAAGAGGGAGGCUGCGGAGGAAGACUUGAGUGUCAUGGAGCUUCUCAAGGCUGUGACUAUGGGCGCAGCUGUCUUACCCGGGAAGUCUGAGGUUGAGGGCCCGGAUGGCGAGAUGGUGUACAUGCGGGCCCUCUUCGAACGCCUUGUGGGCUCGAAGGACUCAGCGACCUUGUACAUGUUGAGCCCAGAAGGAAAUAAUGGGCCUGAGCUCAGUAUUUUCUUUGUAAGGAUAUGAUAAUAUAUGUGACAUUGUAACUUAUACUAGGGGAAGGGAAAGAAGUAGACUUAUUGUGAUUUAUGUAUGAAUUAGGGUAGAAACAAGAAUUGUUACCCAAGAUAAGACGUUGGCUUAAUGAAAUGACGGUGAAGGGUGUCUUCGAUUCAUUUGAUUCAUCAACAAAGAUGCAUCUUUCGAUUCA